UCACAGAAGUCGCCGUGUCCUGAAUUUCAUAUUCACUCUCCCGGAAUCUGCACAUCUCCACUUGCUUUGCUCCUUCGCCCUUUCCCCCACUCCCCCCACUCCCCCACCUCAAAUCUCACUCGCUCCGCACUCCACCGGCAGCCCGCAUUCGCCGCCGGCGAGAGCUGCGAUGGGGUCGGUGUCCCUGAAGAUAGGCGACGGCACCGCCAGGUUCAGGCGGGCCACGAUCUGCUCCUCCGCCGUCAACCUCCUCAUGCUCCUCUCCGUCGUCGCCACCAACAUCUUCGCCCUCUACGCCUUCACCAACCCCAGCGCCGCUAACCAGUCCCACCACCACAAGAACAUCUCCCUCAUCUCCGAGCAAGUCACCCUCAUCCUCCGCGAGAUCGCCUCCUCCCAGAAGAAGCUCGCCAAGAUGGAGAAGGAGCUCCUGGGCUACGAGAGCAUCGAUCUCUCCCGACCCAACAUCGCCAGCGAGCUCAAGAUGUUCCUCCAGCCGCACUCCCUCCCCCUGGGCAAAGAUUCGAGGACCGGGAUCACCGAAAUGGUGGCCUCCGUCGGGCAUUCUUGCGAGAAAUCCGUCGACUUGUUGACCCAGUACAUGAGCUACAAGGUGUCGGGGCCCUGUCCCGACGAUUGGAGCCUUGCCCAGAAGCUGAUUCUGCGUGGGUGCGAGCCUCUGCCUCGGAGGAGGUGCUUCGCCAAGUCUAUCCCCAAGGUGGGUCUUUACCCUUUCCCUGUCUCUCUCUGGAAGCCGAUUAGUGACAAGGUCGUGAGUUGGAGCGGCCUUGGUUGCAAGAGCUUUGAGUGUGUGAAUACUAAGAAGUCCACUAGGGAGUGUGCUGGUUGUCUUGAUUUGGCUAGUGGGAAUGAGAAUCAGAAGUUUGUGAAGGCUAAAGGCAAGAAUGAUUUUGUCCUCGAUGACGUGUUGGCCUUGGGUGGUGGGGGUAUUAGGAUCGGAUUCGACAUUGGAGGUGGGUCGGGUACGUUUGCUGCGAGGAUGGCCGAGAAGAAUGUGACUGUGAUCACCAGCACAUUAAACAUCGAUGCCCCGUUUAAUGAGUUCAUUGCGGCAAGGGGUCUAUUCCCUUUGUUCUUGAGCUUGGAUCACAGGUUCCCCUUCUAUGACAAUGUGUUCGACAUAAUUCGGGCAUCGAGUGGAUUGGAUGUCGUGGGGAAGCCGGAGAAGUUGGAGUUCUUGAUGUUUGAUGUAGACCGGAUCUUGAGAGCUGGAGGAUUGCUGUGGGUGGACAAUUUCUAUUGUGCCACUGAGGAGAAGAAGAAGACUCUGACCCGAUUGAUCGAGCGGUUCGGGUACAAGAAGCUAAAAUGGGUCGCGGGAGAGAAGCCGGAUGCAUAUGGGUCGGGCAAACCGGAGGUAUACUUGUCUGCGGUUUUGCAAAAACCGUUGAGGGUAUAGCCCCUAGGUGCUUUUAUAAGUGUAUUGCAAGAGGGACAAUGGUUGGGUGAGUGUUUCUCCUGCUCCCUCGGAACUUUCUUUCGCACUCACUACAAGAGUCAGAGAAAUCGAUUUUCUUGCUAGCUCUCUUCGCAUGUUCAUUCCGAGGAUCGGUGAUUAGUUGAUUAUGUAAACAACUAGGAGUAUGAGUGUCCUACGGAAAAUUGGCAAAGCAAGCACUUUACAUUGUAAGCAGGUAUCUAAGUACCCGCGACUCCUUUUGGUAGGGGAAGACGAGGGUAGAAAAAGAGACGGCGAUUGCACAGGGCGCUCAACUCCUGUACAAGAAUACAAGUAGACCCCUCUACUUGAAAGGAUUGAAGAAUCUGACUCUGUGAUUGAGUGCCCUGAAAUUGUUUGUCUUUAGUUUGAAUAUUUGAUUGAGUUUUCACUGGAAAACAUGAAACUAUACUGUUCUGGCUGGCACUUUGGAAAGGGUAUUAAA